GUGAUUAUUUCAUAACAAAACAUUAAAUUAUAUAGUCUUUAUAUUAUCGAAGCGUAUAAAAUAAGUGAAAUUACGGCUAACUAGAUGAAUUAUGUAGAAAUUACAAAACACCACCGUAGUAUAUUUGCACGCAUAAUUAUUCAUCGUCUGUGAUAAAAAAAAAAUAAUAAUUAUAACAAAAUAGUGAGGAGAAAAGAGUAUUAUUCAUAAUGUGUUCAUUUUUUACGUAGUAAAACAUUUUUUAUACGCCAAAUACUUUUUAAUUUGUUAAGUGUACUCUGAUCAAAAUUAUUAACAAUUAAAUAUGUUAGGCUCUUCGGGUAGCAGACGAAUUGGAGGAUCCACCAAGAUCCGCUUAACUGGUAAGUUUUGAAAUAAUAAUUUAUUGGAUAAAAUAAUUUAAACUUACAAUUUUUGUAUACCUGGCUUAGUAAAUUACUUUUUCGUAUCUUUUAUUAUUCAUUGUACUUGUUCGUAUAUUUUUACAUUAUGGUUAAUUAUCUAAUAGUCAAUAGAUUUAUAUCUACUGUGCACUUAAAUGGUAUUACUUAUUUAAUUCUAAAAUAAAAGAUAAGUAAGUCAUUCAAAGUUAUUUAUGGUAUAGAUAUAUUAAAUUUCAUCGAGAUUUGAUAUGUGUUAAAUCUUAUAGAACUAUUAAAGUAACCUAUAAAUAUUAAUACCCAUCAUAAUUUAAAUGCCAUUUUGUGUUAUUUUAUGAUUGUUAUUUGUUUUAGUGCUCUGUGCUCAGAAUUUGUUAAAAAAAGAUUUAUUCCGUAAGUUUAAUUACAAUUUACUUCAUUUUUUUUGACACUAUUUACCUAUACAACAUAGAUAGUUAAUUUAUUUGUUAACAAUAUAAUAGGUUUACCACCAGAUGCAUUUGCAAAAAUUAGUGUUGAUGGUUCUGGACAAUGUUAUACAACAGAAACAUGUAAAACAACAUGUGACCCUCAAUGGAAUCAACAUUAUGAUUUGUAAGUUAAAUAAAUAAUUACAUAGAUAGAUUGAUAGAUUUUAUUGUUAUUUCAUAAUAAUAAUUACAAUUCAAAAACAAAAAUAAUAAUAAUAAAAAGUGAAAAAGUUUGUCUCCAAAGCCUGAGCUUGUGGAGAAACUCAUAAUGUUUUUUAAAUUUAUAUUUAGUUAUCAUUACCAUUUACAAAUUUAAAAUUAAAAUGAUACCAACGUGGUAUACAAUUAAAUGUUAAAAAUAAAAUACAAAUUAUAAGAUGUUUAUUGUAAUUACAUAUGUAUACUAUUAAAGUUAAUUGUAGUAAAAACAGUUACGUAUGAUAGUUAAACAAUUUAUAUUUAUAAUAGAUAUUUGAGCAAAGGUGAUCACAUAACAAUUACACUGUGGAAUCAUAAGAAAAUACAUAAAAAUAUUCAAAAACCGGCAAGUGGUUUUCUUGGUUGUGUACGGUUAUCAUGGAAUCAAAUUCAGAGAUAUAAAGAUACGGGUUGUAAGUACAAAUUUAUAAGUUUAAUUUAAUACAUUAAAUGUUAUUGUUAAGAUUAAACAUCAUUAAAUUGAAUUAACUUACAGAUCAGAAAUUAGAUUUAAUUAAAUUAAAUCCAGAUGAUCCAGUGCCUAUUAGGGGUCAGUUGGUUUUUUCUUUAUUAUCUCAAGAUGGAACUACAGGGACAGUACCAUCCCAACAACCAUCACCAUUGCCAGAUGGAUGGGAGGAAAGAAAAACAGAAAAUGGUCGAUUAUAUUAUGUAAAUCACAAAACAAAGACUACUCAAUGGGUAAAACCCACAAAGUAUGUUAAUGAACAACUAUUUGAUUAAUUUAUAAAUUAUUUACCUCUAUUUAGAUUAAUCUUUUAAACAAGAAUUUUUAAAACUAUAACUUGUUAGUUAUCCCACAAAGCUUUUCUCGUGUAUUGAAUAAAAAAUAUUUUACCACAUAUUUUGAGUAAAAAUUUAUCUGGUUAAUAUUUUUAACAUAAAAUUAAUUUAAUUUAAUUAUAUUAUUUUAUAUUUAUAUACAUUUAUUUUAUCCAAUAAUGUCUAUAUAUUAUAUUUAGGACCUAUAUAAAGGUACAGCAUUCAGCUAAUACAAAUAACAAUAUACUGUUGGGUAUUGAGGAGGGAGAUUAUAUAAAUCAGGAUAAUCUAUAACAGAGGUAUAAUAAUACACAGGGAAAUAAUUUUCUAGAAUAAUAAAAACCUAUAGUUCCCAAUCUAACAUGGCUUGCCAAUUUAAAUGCAAACUCAUGUUGGACUUUUAAUUUAAAAUAAACCUCAAUUUAUUGGGUAGGUUAAGUUAGGUUAGGUUACCUAUCGGGUAGGUAAUAGGAGAAAAAUUUGUGACCAACUUUUCUACCAAAAAUCUCUCCAAUUUUCAAGUGUAGUACCUUUUCUUAAAAGAAAUUUUACUUCAGUGUUACUAAAGAGGUCAUUUUUUGAUUUUCCAGGUGAUUUCCUAAUAAAUGAGAAAAAAUGGGAAAAUGUACGAAAUAUUUUAUUUUCAAAUUGUAAAUGUUAUGGCCUAUCAAAACAUGUAUAACCCAAAUUCCGCUCAGAAUCUUUUUUCAUUAGUAAUGAUUAAUCUAUGCGCACAAAUAUACAUAAAAAUUCCCCUCUACCAUACAAAUAACAUUAAAUGCUUAUCACUUCAAAUACUUAUAAUGCCAAUUAGUGUCUGUAGGCAAUUAGCGUGUUAAUAACUAUGUAUCUUACUAUUUCAUCUUCUCACUUACAACAUUUACUAUAUUUUUUUAACUAAACUAUGUAUCUAAAAUUAUAAACUUUUUUGUAUUCAUUAAAAUGAUAAAUUAUUAAUUUAACUGUACAAUACAAAUUUUUAUUUUUACUUAGGUAACUUAGAAAUUUAAAAAUACAUUUUUUAUUCAUUAUUAAUAAAACAUGUUUAAAACUUUAUAUUCAGAUCUCAUUCAAAAGUUGCUGCUGGUAGUAGUAGUCCUCGUCCACCUGCACCAAUCCCUACAAAUGAUACGAUUGUACAAAAUGAAUCUGAUGUGAUAAAUAAUAAUAAUGAUGGUAGUGGUAGUGCAUUAACUUCUCAAACGUAAGUUACCUAACUACUUAAGUCUAAUUAAAAAAUAUAUUAUAAUAACAAAAAUGUUUAGGUAUAGGAAUUCUAGCAAUCGAACAUCUCUCAGUUCUACUAGAAAUGCAUCAUCUCAUAGUUCCUCAGUUCAACAACCACAAGACUUGCCCUCUGGUUAUGGUUAAAAACAACAAUACUUAUAUAAUACUAUAAUACACAUCUAAUCAAAAAAAUUAAAUAUUUUCUACAGAAAUAAGAACUACUCCUCAAGGACAAAUUUAUUUUUAUCACACUCCGACUGGUUUAAGUACAUGGCAUGAUCCAAGGAUUCCAAGGAAUAUCAGUGAAUCCCCAGGACUGUUACUUGGCCCUUUGCCUGCUGGUUGGGAAAUGCGUCAAACAUCUAGUGGUCGCUAUUAUUAUGUAGAUCAUAAUAACAGAACUACUACUUUUUCAGAUCCUAGACUUUCAACUGCAGUCAUAGCUAAUUUUUUGCAGUAAGACAAUCUAAAAUAACAUACCAUUAUUCAAUUUUGAUUCAUAUUUAUUUCCAAUAUUUUAGGAAACAAAAUGAUCAAAGUUCAUCAACAAAUGAACAAAAUUCAACGAACAAUAAAGAAAACACUAGAGUACCACUACCAAAUUCUAGUGAAACAUCAUCGAGCCAACAUAGAAUUCAAGCUCGUUCAAGUUUUGAUGGGCCUCAAAGCAUUGAGACUGAUUCCGAAUGUUUACCUAAAUACAAACGUGACUUGGUAGCUAAACAAAAGAUUUUACGUACUGAACUAGCUGCCUUACAGCCUCAAACUGGACACAUGCGAUUGGAAGUUUCAAGAUCUGAAAUAUUUGAAGUAUAAAAUUUUUUGUAUUUGAUUUUUUGAUAAGUUGUAAUAAAAUAUGUUUUUAGGAGUCAUAUAGAGCAGUGAUGAAGAUGCGACCCAAAGAUCUUCGAAAACGGUUAAUGGUUAAGUUCCGUAGUGAAGAAGGUCUGGAUUAUGGCGGUAUAGCAAGAGAAUGGUUGUACUUAUUAUCCCACGAGAUGCUUAAUCCGCAAUAUGGGUUAUUUCAAUAUUCCAGGGAAGACAAUUAUACAUUGCAAAUAAAUCCCGAUAGUUCAAUUAAUCCAGUAUGUUUUAUUAAUCAUUAUGUUUUAUUGGCUAUUUAACUAAAAUAUAAUUUUUAAUUUUUAGGAACAUUUAUCUUAUUUUCAUUUUGUUGGUCGUAUAAUUGGAAUUGCCAUUUUUCAUGGACAUUAUAUUGAUGGUGGAUUUACGACACCUUUUUAUAAAAUGUUACUUAAUAAACCAAUUACUCUGGAAGAUAUAGAAGGAGUGGAUCCUGAAUUGCACCGUAGUCUUACAUACAUAUUGUAAUUUAUAUAAUUAAUUAACUAAAACUAGGAAAUUAUGUAAUUUAAUAUAUUAAGACAUUAUUUUCUUUCCUUUUUUUUUUCUAUAGAGAAAAUAAACUCGAAAAAGAUAUAAUUGAUACUAAUUUCGCAGUCGAACAAAGUAGUUUUGGUUUAUUGAAAUUACAUGAGCUCAAAACUGGUGGUCGAAAUAUACAACUAACAGAAGAUAAUAAAAAAGAAUAUGUCAAGUAUGUUUAUAAUUCAUGGUUUAUUUAUGUGUUUAAUUAUUGUAUUAUUUUUAUAUUGUUGUUUUAUGUAGAUUAUACGUGACAUAUAGAUUUAUGAGAGGUAUUGAACAACAGUUUUUAGCAUUACAAAAAGGAUUAACUGAAGUAGUUCCCGGAACCUUACUCAAGCCUUUUGAUGAACGUGAAAUCGAAUUAAUCAUCAGUGGUAUUGGUACUAUAGAUAUUGAAGAUUGGAAGCGUAACACUAGACUUAAAGUGAUUAUCAAUUUUACUAUCAAUUAACAUUGGCUUAGUUUGUUUGCAAGUAAUAUACAGUCGGAUUUUUUUUUUUUUUACUUGAUUUAUAGGUACAUUUAAUUAUCCUCUAUACAGGGUGUUCUACAGUGUUAUCCUUUUGCUAAUAAUUUUGUCAAUAUUUAUUUUUAUUUUUUCAUUCGUAUUUUGUAUGGAGAAAUAUUAAAUUUUUAUUUUAGUAAUGUUAAUAUGAAUACUGUUUAAUUAGUUCAAUGUUUGUUUUGUUAUGUGUAAAUAAUUAUUUAAUAAUAUGGGAAUAAUUAUUGUGUUAAUGGUUCACUCUUGCCUGCUUUGUAAUUUGUAUAUUAUGAUGUAAAUUUAUUUCCCUAAGGUUUAAAUCAUACUAAUGAUAAAUAAUCUUCAAAACAAUAAGAAUGAACAUUUUUGUUUUAUUUUUUAUUAUACAUAGCAUUGUUCACCUGAUAUGUCUGUUGUGAAAUGGUUUUGGGAAAUUAUUGAACAAAAUUAUAGCCAAGAAAUGCGUCUUAGAUUAUUACAGUUUGUCACUGGCAGUUCUAGAGUUCCUCUACAAGGAUUCAAGGCACUUCAAGGUAACUUACUUAUUUGAUAUUUCACAAAGAAAACAUUUAUAAAAGACUUGACUUUGUCUAAAACUUUUGUAGGAUCUACUGGAGCAGCUGGUCCUCGUUUAUUCACUAUACACUUGACUGAUGUACCAACAGAUAAUCUGCCAAAAGCACACACAUGCUUUAAUCGCCUCGAUUUGCCAAAAUAUGAGAGUAAACAAAAAUUACUCGAUAAACUCAGCCAAGCAGUUGAAGAAACUUGUGGUUUUACAGUUGAAUAGGUAAUAAUAAUAAUUAUUACUUUGCAUUUAACUUACCAACAUACAUUAUUAUUUGUUUAAAAUAUGAUUAGCAUCACUUGUAUUAUUUUUUUGUUUAUAGAAUUUUUAUUUGAAAUUAAUUUUAUAUUUACACAUUAUUAAUUAUUAUAUGUUUAUGCAUAUUUUUUUAUUUUUUUUUUUUUCGCGGACAAAAUAUUAGAAUUAAUUGGAAAACUGUUAUUAAUUGUGAUAGUUUUAAUUUAGUUAUUAUAAUAAUGUGCAAUAAAACAGGGUAAAAUACUGUUAGGGACUUUGGAACAAAUUAACUAACUAAAUUUUUCUAUUUAUUAUAAUUGUGUAAUAGUAAGUGAUGUUAUAAACUUCUUUAAUUCUUAAAAUUAAUAUCAUUGAAAAUAAUUUUUUUUCGUCACAAUUCAAAAUAAAUGUAAAAAACUACAUUAUUCAGACAUCUAAUUUUAUGACUUGAUAAUUUAUAAAUAUAAAUUUAAAUUUUAUAAAUAUUUCAAUAUAAUAUCUAGUACACACUUUAAGAGUAAACCACGAUAAAUUGCAAUGAAUAUUUAUAUCAUUCUUCAACAAAAUUGGCUAGAUUUAUUAAAUAGUUUAUAACAUCACUUUUUUUUGUUAAUUUAAGUCUGUAGUAUACGCUGGUUCUAAAUCUGGCUAUUCAAUGAAGUGUCCUCUUAUUUAACUUUUAUAAAUAAUAAAUAAUUAUUUAUUUAUUAAAAAUGUUAUAAAAAAAAUAUAGUUUUCACUAAAAACAAUCAAUUGUCUUCCAAAGUUAUCAAGAUAUUAUAAACUGCCCAAUUAUGACAAUCCUUGUUCAUUAAAAUUAUCUUGUAUAGUAUUAUUAUAAUAAUAGUAUUAUCUUAAGUUAUAUUGCUCACUUACUGAAAUUGAGUAUAAUAAAAUGAAUUAGGCAAAUUGGAUGUCAAUAAAUUUUUUGUGCAUUAUUGAUUUAAAUCAUUGUAUUAAAAUCACCAUACAGGUUCAUGAACCUGAAAUUUUUUAGUGAUUGACGAAGAAUCAGUAUUUUACAAUUUAGUACCCUUUUGUUAGGCAAGUGUUUUUUAUUAAAAUAUUAAAACAGUCAGUAUGCAGUAGUUGCAAUUUGUUACCAACACUGUAAACAAAAUAAUAUUAUAACUGAUUUUUUCCGAUGAUCUCUAGAAAUUUUUAUUGUUAUAAAUAUUUUAUUUAAUUCAAUAACAUAAAAAUGGUUAAUCUCAUAAUAUAUUAUUUUAUUAUAAUUAUAAUUUAUUAUAUAUGUAGAUAUACACGUAGUGAUAAGAAACUCAAGAAAUUAUAUUUUUGUAAAAAGUAAUAUAGACCUAAAUACUGUUAUUUGCACACAUUAAAAUUAAUGAAUUAUAAGAAAAAAUAUGAAUAAAAUUACCGUCCCUUAUAAUUUUUUAUAUAUAUGUAUACAACAAUAUUAUACAUUUAUACUGAACUAUAUCUUUGUUUAUUUACCUAUAAGUAACAUCAUAAUAUAAUACACUGUUUUUCUUCCACUUGUUAUAGUGUUAUAUUGUACUGAAAAUAAAGUAAUAUGAUACUUCUUUGUUUUUUUUUUUUUAUUAUUAUUUAAUCCUCAUAUAUGUUAAUAUUUAAAGCAGCUAAUAAGGUUUUAAAAAAUUGUAUCAAAAAUAAAAAAUAAUAAUUUUUAUUUGAAAAAAAAUUACAAACAGAUGAAAAUCUUUUGGUAUUUUACAAAAUGAUUAUAUUAAUAGUUUUCAAUAAUGUAAUUACUGUUAUAUUGACAAUUACAUUAAAAGGGAUCAGACUUUGGUUGUUUUUUCCAAAACUUUCUUACAUCAUCAUGGCCAUCUGUGCUGACAACUAUGUUUCGUCUUCUUUCAUCACACCACACCAAUGCCCCAAUCUCUGCAGCAUAAUUUUUAAUUGUUUCGUAAUCAUUUGGUGUGUUAAUAUUACUAUAUAAAACACCAUCUGUGUAUGUUAAUCGAUUUCUUUCAUUUUCCCACAGAUAAAUUUGAUCAAUAACGGUCUGUGGCAUACCUCCCUCUUGCAUUUGUGGAUGUGUAUGCACAGAAAGAAAUCUAACUAUCUGUGCGGCUGUAAUUCCACUACGUAAUGCUGUUCGUACUGAAUCUCUUGUCAGUAUACCAGCAGACAUGUUUGGAAAUCUAAAAUAUUAAAAUAAAAUAAUAGAUAUAUUUGUGUAAACUAUCAUUAUAAUUUAUAAAUUAUUACCUGUAAAGCAUAUGUGUAAAUAAUGCAACCAAAGCGACUUUCAGAUCAGAAUCAGUCAUAGCAUAAAUUCGAAAAUUAGUUUCCACAAUAAUAUAACGUUCCUUAUUUUUCAUACGCUCUGAAGUACGACUGUUUCCCUGCCCCAUUUCAAUUACUAAGCGAGUAGGAUAAAAGCGUCCUGCUUUACGUUUUCUUUGGUAUACCAGUCCAAAUUCUCGAAGAUGUUGUAAAAAUGCUUGAAGAUUUUCAGACAUUUCAUCAGUUAUAUAAUCCCAUCCUAAAGUCCCAAGAUGUAUUUGAAAGAGGAACGUCAAACAUUGAGCCAGAUCCAAACCUCUUGAUUCCACAGUUUCCAUAUAACGGAGCAUAAAGUACCAUACUUGUGUAGCCAUAUCUAGUAGAAGAAAUUGAAACCCAGUUGAUGUAAUUAUUGGACUAUCAUCUGUGUCUCUGACCU